AUGGCUCAUUUCCACCUGGGAUUGCGGAUCGCCUGCUACAGCUCUGGUGAUGGCAACCGAAGGACCUCGGCCAGCAAGAGUCGUUCGGAGGCAACACUGUGCGAGGAACCGGAUGAUUCCACUGAGAGGCUGGAUGCAUACCGCACUAAGAUUCUUCAGCUCACGCUGCCGAGGCUGCUCGCACUGAUGGCCGGCGCCUUGCUUCUGGCGACGGCGGCAAGCGCUUUCGCCUUCUUCAAGCUCAAGCGCCUAGAGGCGGAAGACAAAGGGGCCGUGGACACGGCCAGACUCGAGAAUAAGACCAUGAGUUUCGCGGCCCCCGGAGUUCAGCACCUACAGUCUAGCAUCGAUAACAUGCUGGCGGCACUCGAUGCGAAAGGCAUCGCGGAGCAUUUUAGGUCCCUGACAGCGGAGACUCACCUGUCGGGUGAGCUGGGCGGGCGGCAUGCGGCAGAGUACGUGGCCGGAGCGCUACGACGCAGCGGAGUCCACCAGGUCAUCGAGGUACCCCACCGCAUCUCGCACGCGUACCCUGACACGAGCAAGCCUAACAAAGUGCAACUAUUAGAAGCCGACGGCACAGUUCUUCACGAGGCCAAAUUCAAGGAAAAGAAGAAAGGCGGAAAGAUGAAUGUGGUGACCGGCUACCUGGCCUUCUCCCCGAACGGCUCAGUCGAGGCCGACAUGGUGUUCGUCAACUACGGCCGGCGAAAAGACAUGGAUCAGCUCGAAGGGAAUGGCGUCGUGGUCAAGGGACGCAUCUGCCUCGCCCGCUUUGGAGGCGCACAUCCCGUCGACAAGGGUCGCAACUGCCACAAGCACGGCGGUGUCGGCCUUCUCGUGUACGCCGACCCGGAGGACGUUGCACCACUGGGCCCCAGCAAGGUCUACCCGGACACCGCUUUCGUGGAUGGUUCGGCGCUGCAGAGGGGCUCGCUCUACCACUACGGUGACCCCGAGACUCCCGGAUACCCGUCCGUCGACAAGGCUAUUCGAGAGGAAGACACCAGCAACCUCUCCCCGAUUCCUGCGCUUGUGAUUGGCUACGAUGAUGCUGCAGCAUUCCUCAAGUCACUCGGAGGCGAGCACCUUGGUUGGAAGGGAGGCCUGAAUGCCACCUACAAGACGGGUCCACUGUUUCCUGAAGGAAGGAAAGUUGAAAUGUCUGUGAGCAGCAACAGGGUGACGCGACUUGUGAAAAGCGUGCUUGGAAUCGUCAAAGGAAGCGGAGAACCAGAUCGCUUCGUCAUCACGGGUGCACACCAUGAUUCCUGGGGUUACGGAGCCAUCGAACCGUCAUCGGCUACGGCCGCGCUGCUGGAGCUGGGUCGCGCCCUAGGCACCCUGAUAAAACGUGGCUGGGCUCCUCGCCGGACCAUCGUAUUGGCCUCGUGGGCAGCGGGGCAGAUGGCAUUCGCCGGAUCCAGCGAGUGGGUCGAGGUGGGUGCAAUGAGGAGGGAGCGGGAGGCUUAG